AAGGCAACGCCGGAAGCGAGGAAGGUGCUGUGUAAUCAUUGAGAAGUUGAGACACUUGGAGCUCCUAAAAUGCCGGAUUACCUCGGUGCGGAUCAGCGUAAAACCAAAGAGGAUGAGAAGGACGACAAGCCUAUCCGAGCACUGGAUGAGGGGGAUAUUGCCUUGCUGAAAACUUAUGGUCAGAGCACUUACUCUAGGCAGAUCAAGCAGGUUGAAGAUGAUAUCCAGCAACUUCUCAAGAAAAUUAAUGAGCUCACAGGUAUUAAGGAGUCUGACACUGGCCUGGCCCCACCAGCACUCUGGGAUUUGGCUGCAGAUAAGCAAACGCUCCAGAGUGAACAGCCUUUACAGGUUGCAAGGUGUACAAAGAUAAUUAAUGCUGAUUCAGAGGACCCAAAGUACAUUAUCAACGUGAAGCAGUUUGCAAAGUUUGUGGUAGACCUCAGUGAUCAGGUGGCACCUACUGACAUUGAAGAAGGAAUGAGAGUUGGUGUGGACAGAAAUAAGUAUCAAAUUCACAUUCCACUGCCUCCUAAGAUUGACCCAACAGUUACCAUGAUGCAGGUUGAGGAGAAACCUGAUGUCACAUACAGUGAUGUUGGUGGCUGUAAGGAACAGAUUGAAAAACUUCGAGAAGUAGUUGAAACCCCACUACUUCAUCCAGAGAGGUUUGUUAACCUUGGCAUUGAGCCUCCCAAGGGUGUGCUGCUUUUUGGUCCACCAGGUACAGGCAAGACACUCUGUGCCCGGGCAGUUGCUAAUAGGACUGAUGCUUGCUUCAUUCGCGUUAUUGGAUCUGAACUUGUACAGAAAUACGUUGGUGAGGGUGCUCGAAUGGUUCGUGAGCUCUUUGAAAUGGCCAGAACCAAAAAAGCCUGCCUUAUAUUCUUUGAUGAAAUUGAUGCUAUUGGAGGGGCUCGGUUUGAUGAUGGUGCUGGAGGUGACAAUGAAGUGCAGAGAACGAUGUUAGAACUGAUCAAUCAGCUGGAUGGUUUUGAUCCUCGAGGCAAUAUCAAAGUGCUGAUGGCCACUAACAGACCUGAUACUUUGGAUCCAGCACUAAUGAGACCAGGGAGGCUGGAUAGAAAGAUUGAAUUUAGCUUACCAGAUCUAGAAGGUCGUACUCACAUCUUUAAGAUUCAUGCUCGUUCAAUGAGUGUUGAAAGAGAUAUCAGAUUUGAAUUGUUAGCACGACUGUGUCCAAAUAGCACUGGUGCCGAAAUUAGAAGCGUCUGCACAGAAGCUGGUAUGUUUGCAAUCAGAGCACGGCGAAAAAUUGCUACUGAGAAGGAUUUCUUGGAAGCUGUAAAUAAGGUCAUUAAGUCCUAUGCCAAAUUCAGUGCUACUCCCCGCUACAUGACCUACAACUGAGCCCUGAAGGCUUUCAAACGAAACACUUCUUUUAAUUGGAAUCCUAACCUUAUAGAGACUCGCUAACAACCAUUUCACAUAAAAAUAAAUGGUUUCAAAAUCAUAUGCUUUUUUCAGCUCUCUUUUCUCUGUACUACAGUAGAAGGUGAUAUCUAAAGUCAUUAGGAAGAAAAGUUUAUUACAAUGUAUGUUGACUUUUUUGAUUCAUUACCAUUUAAGGGUUUCACAUCAUAUAAAGUGCUAGCUUAGACCAUGUAUAUUCUGGGUAUAUGCUAGGUGCUGUACGUACAUUAUCUUAUUGUAUCCUCUCAUCUGCCCAGUGAGGUCGAUUUAAUGGAUCUUGAUCUGAUGAAUACAAAAACUUUCCUAAUUUACUCAGUGGCAGAGCUGGGCUUCAAGUGCAAGUUUGUCAGCUCCACCACCUACGUGAAUAAUCUUCAUUCUCUUCGACCCCUCAUCAGAAUAACCCGGCUAGGCAAAUGACCACGUGUAUUACAGUGAGUUUUCCCCUACCAUGUUGAAUAAUGAAGCUUUGGCCAAACUUUUUUUAAAGUGGAAGAAAUGUGAUGUAAUAUGUCUUGCUUUGCAGUGGACUUUUAAAUUAAUCAAGAAUUAGUUUUAAAAAAGGUAAAAAAAAAACAAAAC